AUGGCUACCCGCCGUCUCGCCGAGGGCGAAAAUACCAUCCUGGAAAAGGAUGACACCGUCGGGGCCAGCCCGCCAGCUGGCGAGAAAUCCAACAUUGCCCCGGCUGUUCCAAAGCACGUCAUCUUGAAGCUUCUGGGCUUCACGUUUACCAUGAUUGUGGCGCCAAUCGGGUCGUAUUUUGCGACGGUGAAUGUGCUCUUCAAAGGAAACUCAACAUAUGCGGGCGCAUUGGCAGCCAUCGUCGCCAAUGUAGUUCUCCUAGCGUAUGUGGUGGUGGCGUUCUACGAGGACCAGUCGGACCAGCUGGCCGAGAAAGAGACGAAGAAGGAGAGGUAG